AUGAACUGCAUUAACGUGCCCACCAUGCUACCCAGCUCCCCCAGCAAAGUCCGGGGGCAAAUCCAGGUGAUCCUGGGGCCUAUGUUCUCCAGGAAAAGCACAGAGCUCAUGCAUAGAGUCCAGCGAUUCCAGAUUGCCCAGUACAAAUGCCUUGUGAUCAAGUAUACCAAAGACACUCGAUACAGCAAAAAUUUCUCCACACAUGACCAGAACACUAUGGAAGCACUACCAGCCUGCUUGCUUUGGGAUGUGGCGCAGAAUGCCCUGGCUGUGACUGUCAUUGGUAUUGAUGAGGGACAGUUUUUCCCAGACAUUGUAGAAUUCAGUGAGACCAUGGCAAAUGCUGGGAAGACAAUAAUUGUAGCUGCACUAGAUGGGACCUUUCAGAGGAAGGCAUUGGGGAAUAUCCUAAACUUGAUGCCACUGACAGAGAGUAUGGUGAAACUGAUAGCAGUGUGCAUGGAGUGCUUCCGGGAAGCUGCUUAUACCAAGAGACUGGGGAUGGAGAAAGAGGUCGAGGUGAUCGGUGGCGCUGACAAAUAUCACUCUGUGUGUCGACUCUGCUAUUUCAAGAAAGUCUCAGGACAAUCUACUGGGCUGGAGAACAAGGAGAACUGCCCCCAGAGUGGGAAGCCAGGAGAUACCACAAGCUAUCAGAAACUCUUUCCUACUCAACAGAUUUUACAAUGUAGUUCAAGCAACUGA